CGUGACAUUUGGAGAAGUUGCUUGUAUCACAUGAGCGGGUCAAGUUGUAAGUGCUGUGUGUUUCUGGGCCUUCUAAGCAAUUUAGGUUAUAAAUAAAAGAAAUGAAACACGUAAGGAAGUAAAGAAACGUUCUAGGGUCUACAGGAAGAAGAACAGAGGAGGCAUUGAGGCACCAACAAGAGAGUUUGUAGUCUGGACCCAGAAUCAGGGUAACUGAAUUGCUGUUACAGUUAAGGAGUGCGAUGUCGAGUACAGCCAUGAAGAAAAAGGUGCUACUGAUGGGAAAGAGUGGAUCUGGGAAGACGAGUAUGAGGUCUAUUAUUUUUGCUAAUUAUAUUGCAAGGGACACACGACGUUUGGGAGCUACAAUCGAUGUAGAGCACUCCCAUGUGAGGUUCUUGGGUAAUCUAGUGCUGAACCUGUGGGACUGUGGAGGGCAGGACACUUUCAUGGAAAACUAUUUCACAAGUCAGCGGGAUAACAUUUUUAGAAAUGUUGAGGUGCUAAUCUAUGUUUUUGAUGUGGAGAGCCGUGAACUGGAGAAGGACAUGCACUAUUACCAGUCCUGUCUGGAAGCCAUUCUGCAGAAUUCGCCUGAUGCAAAGGUUUUUUGCUUGGUGCACAAGAUGGAUCUAGUUCAAGAAGACCAAAGAGAUUUGAUUUUUAAAGAGCGUGAAGAAGAUUUAAAAAGACUGUCACGACCUCUGGAGUGUACUUGCUUUAGGACAUCCAUCUGGGAUGAAACUUUAUAUAAGGCUUGGUCUAGCAUUGUCUACCAGCUGAUUCCUAAUGUUCAGCAGCUUGAAACCAAUUUACGUAAUUUUGCUCAGAUUAUUGAGGCAGAUGAAGUCUUGCUAUUUGAGAGAGCUACUUUUUUGGUGAUCUCACAUUACCAGUGCAAGGAACAGCGUGAUGCACAUAGAUUUGAGAAAAUCAGUAACAUUAUCAAACAGUUUAAACUUAGCUGCAGCAAAUUGGCAGCAUCUUUCCAAAGUAUGGAAGUAAGAAAUUCCAAUUUUGCUGCUUUUAUUGAUGUCUUCACGUCUAACACAUAUGUUAUGGUUAUCAUGUCUGAUCCCUCAAUACCAUCUGCCGCCACACUGAUUAACAUCCGUAAUGCUAGAAAGCAUUUUGAAAAGCUGGAGCGUGUUGACGGACCCAGACACAGCCUGACAAUGCGCAUGCGUUAAAAAUAAAUUUGUGUGACUGCAAGCAUAUCAUCCUGCGUUUUUGGCAGAAGUCCUCUACCAGUUUUCAACAUGCACAGUGAAGUCCUCCUUUUCAAUAGUCACUAAUUCUUUUGCAAAAGUUUAUGUAAAAUUAUUUUUUUUCUUUCUGUUUUAAAUAUGACACUUUAUUUCUGUUCUUUUUUUUUAAUUAUAUAACAACUUGUUUUGCUGGGAGUGCCUCAUUUUUGCUUUUAUUUAUUCUUUUUUUUUUUUUUAAAUGCAAAAACUUCACAGAGGGUGUGGGAUAGAUCUCUUAAAAAUGCCUGGUACUGGCCUUCAUUUGACUUUGUGCAAUCGUGCUACUAUUGAUCUGCCAAAUAAAAAUGCAGAUUAAAAAAAGUACUUUCCUUGAUAAUAUUUGUCUUUAAAAAUGGUUUGUUUUGGGUUUUGAUAUUAUGUGUUUCACCUUGUGUUUUAACAGAUUUUCCCUUUUCCACAUUAUACUGGUUAGCAGUUUGAAGGGGCAAGGAUAUUUUGCUUGGAUAAACAUUAAUCUGUGUGAAGUGAUUUAUAAUAUUGUACACUUACGAUAUUCAGAAAUGUCUUAAAGAAUAUGAGAUCUACUUUGACAUUUGUAUAAUAUAGAAAAAGUAAAAAAAAUAAUGACAGUACGUUUCCUUGAAAAGCCUUGUAUGGUGUAAAAAGAUAUGCUACAAUGUUUACUAAUACAUACCGAAAUUGUACUCCA